AUGCGGCUACCAGCAGCGACGACGUCGACGAGCCUUUCCUACCAGUAUUACCCACUCACAACGGGCCGUCACUGUCCUAUCCUACUCAAGAACGGGAGGAAGCGAGCAGCCAUCCGCAAGUUCUUCCGUGGGCCCGUCACCUCAAACCAUGCGGCGCCGACUGCCAUCGCUGCUCUUGACGAGCUCCACACCUCGAAGAGCUACGAGACGCUGUACGAGCACCUGGCCGCGCGCGACGACGCCGCCGAGCUCCAUCUGGCGUGGCGCUUUGCCCGUGCUCACCACGACCUAGCCGACUCGUUGCCAGAGGCGGACAAGGGCCGCAAGGAGGCGCUGCUCCGCGCAGGCCUGGCGGUGGCGGAGGCGGCCCUCGCCCGCGCCGAGGAGGGCGACGCUGAGAGCGCCCUCUGCCACAAGGCGCCGAGACGGGACUGGGUUGGAAUCUUGCUCGGCGCUCUCGGCACCUACCUGCCGACUAAGGAGAAGGUGGCCAACUCGUUUCGCAUCCGCGACGCGCUGCAGACGGCGGCGGAGAUGCGGCCGGCGGACGGGUCCGUCCAGCUCGCGCUCGGCGAGUGGUGCUUCAAGGUGGCUGGCAUCGGUUGGGUCGAGGCGAACGCCGCGAAGCUGCUGUUUGGGCAGGCGCCCGAGUCGACGCGCCGGAGUGCAGUGCACGAGAUUGCGCUCGACUACUACGAGCGGGCUUGGGAGCGCAAGCCGAGCAAGAAGGCCGCGUACAAGGCGAGCCUCGCUUGCGACAAGCUCUCGCGCGGCGCAGACUCGGCGGCCUGGCGCACGCGUGCGCUCGAGCUGCCCGGCGCCGGCGCGGCCGACGCUGAGAUCGACCGACUCGCUGCGGCGGCGAGAUAA